AUGCCUGAGGUCUGGUUCAGUGCGACGUUUCCAUCACGAUCAGACGGCAUCAGCAGUCUGGGAACACAGCCGGGCGGCAAACCACCUGACGAGCGGACCGUCAAGCUUGGCAAGAAACGACUACCGACCCUUCUCCAGUCCCCGCUUCCGUCGGAGAUUCUUGCGCCCACAAUCUCGCUGCACCUCUUCCCCUCGACUCACCCGCAUCUGCCCGUCGUCUCCGGCCGCGUCGCGUACAUUGCCGCCCUCUGGACAUCGCCGCUCGCGUGGAACCGUGUGCCUCUGGUGGGCAACGUCAAGCUCGAAAUCCUGUCGGAGCGCAUGACCAAGCAGCCAUUGCAGCUUCACUCGGCCGCUGCGCGUCGCGCCGGUGCCAGUGACGAACAACUCGUCGUGCGGUGGCGGACCAUUGGCAAGGGCGGCGGCAUGUCGCUGCCGCCGCAGCCGAAUGGCGGGUCGCCUGGGGCCACCACCAACAAGGCGCCCGUGGGCACGAGCCAGGCCGUGGGGGACCCAAAAGAGUUUACGGGCCUGUUCAUCUUUGAGUUUGAUGGCGUGGGCCGCAUUUUGAGCCACACAAUCGAACACGUCGCCGAGGGCGGCGACUGGGAGCGCAGCGUCGGCGCGCGGUUUGUCGGCCUGACGGACUGGCUGCUAGGCGGGAUCAAGGGCGGCGGCAGCGGAGAGAACACGCCGCUGCCGGCCUUUGAGAUGCAGGACCCGCGGAAGAUACGGUAA